AUGUCGUCUGUCACUUCAUCAUCAUCAUCAUCAUCGUCUAUAAUAAUCCCUAUAAUUCCUUCAUCGCCUUCACUUCAAUCUCACUUAUCAGCACUCGAUAUCCUUUCUCUCCGUCUAUCGAAUCUGACGUCCUCGACCACUCAUUCAGCCCGAAUACCUCUCAUUGGCAAAGCGUCCAUCAGGGGUGAUAUAGUACAUACGAAUGAUAUCAAAGUGAAUAUAGGUCGAGAAUGGUGGAUCGAUAUGACUGCUCAGGAAGCUUCUGAAUACGUUAAAAGGAGGAAAGACUAUUUGUUACUGGAACAUGCAAGAUUACUUGAAGGUAAAAGUAGACCAUAUGCUAUAGACGCAUUGUCAUUGCAAGGAGGUGAAUCAAACAUAAGAGAUAAGGAAGGAAUGAAUCAGUCGGAAAGGUACCAGAAAGUAGGGUUUCAUCCGAUAUUUUAUGAUCAACCAGUUGCUGGGCCUUCGAAAUCUCCCCUUCAUGCAAGAGAGGCAAAUCCCGUAGAAUCGUCUGAGGAGGAAGACCGAUCUGCUUCAUCAGCGGAGAAGAAAAAGGAUAUCAAGACGUCUAUUGAGCCAAGUCAGUCUAGUACAAAGUCAAUAGAACAACCUCGAGAUGUGAUAAAUCCAAUCAAGCAGUCUCAGCAACCCAAAACACCACCAGAAGCGUCAUUGGUCGAUAUACUAGAUGAGCGGGGUACAGCAUCAGGACAACAUGAUGCUGCGGAGGAGGACACGACAUUGAAUGAAGAGGGUUUACCGUUCCACGAAAUCCGAGAAACGCUUUCUGGCGAAACCAUCGGUGCACCACCUCCUCCCAACAAUGAGGCUUCAACAGCAUCCAUCGAGGAAAAGGAGGAAGACGACUAUUUCUCAUCUGAAGCUGUUGCUCGCCGAGCUGCUUUGAGAAGAAAAUUGUUCAAUGAGAGUAGUUCAAGUGAAGGUGAGGAUGAUGAUGAUGAUGAUAAUUAUGAUACUCAGGUGAAAGGGAAAUCGAACGUUCCUGGUGUGUUACCUAUCAAAGCUAAGGGAGGUAUAAUCCACGCCAAGCCAAUAGGAAAAGAACCCACCCUUGAACAAUUUCAAAAUACUUCCCUGCUUUCUCAACCAGAAAGAAGAUUAUCUUCUUCGUCAGGAUCUUCAAUGCCAAUACAAACUAAAUCCAUCUUGAAGCCACCUAAACCGCCUACGAGAAAGAAAUCAGUUACUUUUGAUCCUUCAUUACCUUCACCGCCAGAUUCACCAAUGCCUUCACAAUCACAUGCACAUUCACAAAUCGGUAGAUUCGGUUUCCCAUUGCCCCUUGCAGUAGAUGAUGAUACUCAUGAAUUUACUGAAAAAUCUGUUCCUGUAAUACCGACUCCACAACCUCGUCAAAAGAAAGAUGAUAAUUUUGCUGGGUUCAAAAAGGGCUUUUUAUCUCCUACACCGACUAAUACCAUCAGCAAUACCAACGCAUCUCAAUCAAGUUCAAAUCCUUCAGCGAUUACAAAGAAACAUGUAAACGAAGCUGUAAAAUCUAUUGUGCCUGAAAAACCUAUUCCGUCAACAACAUCAUCAUCAUCAUCGGCGAUCACGAAUGACCAGAACUCAUUACCUAAACCCAAGAAACAGAGUCUAUUCUCCCAAAGAUUAAGUCAACCUGAAAUUGACGCUUCUGCGCCUUCGAUCAAUACCACCACGUCCACUAGGAUACCUAACUUACCUAAAGUCUCGGAAAGUAAAGGGACCACUACACUGAAGUCAGGUGUCAUCGAAAAACCUCCUAUAGCUUCGACAUCAGCUGUCCAAUCUGUAGUCAAAGAGAAUUCCAGUUCGCCAAUCACGAAUCAGGAUAAUUUGAAGAUCAUUGAGAGACCCCUCAAGAUCGCAGAGCCAGAAAUACAUAAAGCUUCUAUCAGUCAAAUACGCUAUGACGGAAAUGACGACGACGACGGUGAUGAUGGUGAGGAGGAUGAUGAAUUCAGUGAAUACUCAACUGGAGAAGAAGACGAGUAUGAUUUAGAUGAAGCUCUAUUAGCUAGAGAAGUAGCAUUGGAAUAUCAUCGUAGACAAGCUUAUAAACCUUUAAAUCGUGAUCCAGAAGAUUAUAUUAUGGGUGAAGAAGACAACGAUCAGGAUCAAAAAUCGAAUGAUGAUGCAGAAAGAGUGAUGUUGGGCUUACCUAGAAUAUCAGAUGUUGAUCCAGAAGGCAAUGGACCGAUGAUAAUCAAUCCUACACCGGACGAUUUAAGAAGGUUCGUUAGGAUAGGUAGAUUAGAGAAUGGUAAUUUGGUUUUAGCUCCGGGUGAAGAAAGUUUGGACACUGAUGAAUCAGAGAACGAAAAUGAAGAUGAUCAAGGUGGUGCUGGUGCAAACCAAGAGGAAAGAGAUAACAGACGGAAAAGAAAAGAAAAUAGAGAAACUAUUAAGAGACAAUUAAUGGGUUUAGAAGUCCCUUCAUCAGUAUCUAACAUCAACGACGAAGAAAAGAGAAGAUUGGAAAAGAGUCAAAGAGGUAGACAAAAAGUAGAGAACGAUUGGAAAAAUUCACUACCACCCACUUUGACUUCAAGCAGCCCACGCAAUGAGAUUGCAUCAGGAUCUGCCAUGGAAACAACCCCACCGAAUGCUACGAAAAUGGAAAAACCUAGAAUUACCUCAAAACCACCUAUAAUACCACUUGCGUCUGAAUCAUCCCCAUCAUCACCUGUCGAAACCAUCACACCUUCCUUACCAGUGUCCGCACCAAAUCCUUUGACGCAAAAGGAUAAAGACCCUGAAAAACCUAAGAAGAUUUCGAAAUUCAAAGCUGCCCGUAUAGCAUCCAAUCAAUGA